AUGUCUCUGGUCAUGAAUCUUGUCGCCUUCGGGCUUCAGAGAUUCAGUCCGUGGAAGAUAUUGUGGCUUGCACUCUUGAUCAGCAAUGUCCUUUUGGCGUUGGGUGGGCUUUUCAAGACCGAACUUUUCAAGACACUAUACUUCAAGAUACGACUCCUCUACAUGGGCCACGUUGGCCAUGAAUUGCCUAUGAGGAGAUCCUCGAGUUGCGAACAGAUCGUCUCCAAUGAGCACUCCGGAGCUAACUCCACGACAACAUUUGCCACGAUGAAUGAGAGGGUCAAUGAGCUAGAUCAAGCUCUCGACCAGUCGAUGCAGACCCUCGAAGGUAUCGAAAGGAAGGUGUGA